AGCACAUCACUGGAGAGCCGAAAGCUUGGGAGGGAUUGUUUAGUUGUCUGGGAAUCGGCACCGCGAACGGAUCGAAAUGGAGGCUCAAACAUAUGUGUGCAUGACUUUAGUUAUCCUCUGCAGCUGUGGAGUUCCGCCGCAGAUCGAAGCAAUCCGGAUGAGAAUGCCCGUUUUGCCAGAGGCACUGAACUGCCGGAAUGAGAGCAUUGGAUUUAACGUUAACCUGACGCGACUGUCAGGUUACUGGUACGAGGCUGCCAGAGUGCCGAAUGUCCAGGUGCUGCAAUGCCUGAAUGUCUCCGUGCCCGCUGAGAUCGAGGAGGACACCCUCUCGCUGGACUUGAACUUCAUCAGCACAGUGAACAAUGGGUGGCAGUUCAGCGAGGAGUCCGUCGGGUUUCCCUGGAACAACUCCACCCAACACGGCAUCUUCCAUCUCCAGUACGAUACGGUCACCGUCACCUACAAGCUGAUGUUAACCGACUACGAAAACAUUGCCUUCGUCUGCGGAUUCGGGAGCAUUUCGCCCGUUCCGCUGUUCAAGCUCUUCACCCGGGAACGGGAGGUCAGCCAGCAGAUGAUCGACUUCGCGGAGGAAUAUGCUGAGAAGCACGGCAUGGGCAACCAGAUCGCGUGGGAGAAGCAAUCGCCGGGUGAAUGCAGUGGAUCCGGUGGACUGGCUGCCAUGGGAACUCUGGUGGCUGCCAUUGCAGUGCUCUGUUGUUUACGCUGGCGAAGUCAAAUUUUUGCUUCGACUUUACUAUUUGCAUAGUGAAUAUGCCAUUUUUCACUGCCACUAUCAGUACAAACUCUUAUCAAUGUUUUCUUUUUAUUCGCAACGCAGUGUGUUUUAUUUGGGGUCAUUAAAAUGUGAUGGCCGAGAACUGCUAUCUUUCUGGUCAGCGCAAGCUAAUUACUAUACAUGUGUAAUAAUAAAAAACGUACUUGUAAUUUUAAAUAUUGCUGAGCAUAUUAGCGGAAAGGGGAAACCUUACCAAUGGAGUAAGCUAAUAUACUCUUAUCGGUACGGCUUCUGCUUUUCAUUCUCUUAGAGCUUGGAGCUGAUAAGCGAUUUGUAUUCCGAUUAAAUCAUGCCAAUGCAUCUGUGGGAAAUGCAGGGAGUGCAUUUAUAUUUCUAUGCACUUUCCGAUGGAAAGUGUGCAUCGAGCGCCUUUGCCCCAGUAAACUCAUACGAGUCGCAAUUACGAAGCCCGAAAUUCAAAGAGAAAAUGCCGAAAAAUAUGAACUGAGCUGGAGCAGAAAAGUGUUGUUGCCUGCUCGAUUUUCUUGGCAAUUUUCAUUUUCAUAAACCCAAUUCACCCGGCGGAAAAUAAAGUGAAUGGAAAACGCCUUAAAUCGAGAUCGAUCCAUUGUUGGCUUCACUGAGAGAAAACUCUUCUAUUCUAGUAUUAAUUUUAAACAAAAACAUUUUAACAUGUUUAAUAAGUUUUAUUUUAUAUACCCCAAGAUUAAAUAAUAUUUAUUCA